GACAUUAGCAUGUACCGUACGGUACCUCGGGCAUGAUAAGAUUCGGUACCGGUAGUUUAUGGAAACUGAGUAAGUUUUGAAGUAAUUUUAUCCUGAUUGGUUUGUCGUUAUUGGCACUGCAAUGCUUAAAGGGGUGAAAUUUGCGCUAUGUACCGCCUUUCAGUACACAUAUCGUCAAAAGAAUUCACACCAAAUUAGCAAUUGUAUAAAAUCAGCCUGGGAAAACAUUGAUGCUUCAAAUACAUUAAAAGUAUCUAGAAGAAACAUUUAUAUAUGCACAAGAGAUCAAGGCUUGGAAGAAUUUUUUGAGCCUCCGAAAAAUAUUGGACACAAGCAUAUCAAAUCUGCAGCACCUUGGUCAAGAGAUCUUUUGCGAUUGAAAAGCAGUGAAGACCUACAUAAAUUAUGGUUUGUACUACUAAAAGAAAGAAAUAUGUUGGAAACUAUGCAGUUCCACUACGAGACUGUCGAUGAACCAAUGCCCAGUCCAGAACGCCUCGAAAAGGUUGCAGAGUCAAUGAGUAAUCUAAGAGAUGUUUUGGAGGAACGUGAAAAAUCAAUAAAUAUGCUUUUGCUUGGAAGACCUACUAAAGCGCAUGGUGAAUAUAGAAAAAGUGGUUUGGGAGCUACAUACUGGUAUCAAUAUAAACCACACGUGAUCCCUAAGGAACUCGCAAAAGACGUUUACGGAGAUAAACCAGCAGAUUUAGCAUCUUUCAAUAUGUUUCUUCAUGAAUGGCACAUACGAUUUCAGGAGCGCAGGGAGAAAGUUUGGGCUCGACGGAAAUCCGCACUCAGGUUGAAAUGGAUAAGAAUUCGAGAGAACAAUCCAUCCCUUCCAAAAAGUCCCCCAAAGUGGUGGUUGGACAGGUUCAAAUGUAAACUUCGUUAUGGGCUGCAUCCAGAAGUGCAGAUUUACCUGCAAAUGAAAAACUCUACCAAACGUAAAAUACCAUAUCCUAAAAGGUAUCACAGUGAUUAUUAAACGCAAUGACAAAAAAGGCUGUGAUUAUAUGUUCAGCAUGGAUAGAUUUUUAACCAUAAUCUCAGAUUCAUCAGAGUCGCUGGUUGGUGUGUUUUUCCGUCUUGCUGAUUUUCGCUUAUUCUUAUCUCGUCGAGCUUGAUCCUGUCUUUGCCGGUUGGUCAACUGUAAUAGAAUUUAUCAAUCAUUGUUUGAAAUAAUAUUUUUGAUGGGCUCCUU